CUCUGGUUCGUCUCUCCGGCCAGGCCCUCCGUCGUCCUCCUCCUCUCUGUAAUACGCCGUCAAACAGUUUCACGGACGAGGGAAGAAGGUAACGCAGGAUAGGAGAGGAGUUAUCAGCAAAAAAGGAUUUGAAGAUGCAGCCAACCAACGGCAGCGGCGGUGAUUUGACUCAGCAACAACAGCAACAACAACAACAGCAGUGGUUGGCGAUGCAGCAGUACCAGCAACAACAAUGGUUAGCGAUGCAGCAGUACCCGGCGGCGGCGGCAGCGUCAAUGGCGAUGCAUCAUCCGGCGAUGAUGUACCAACAACCGCCGCCACACUAUAUGCCUUAUCAUUAUCAGCAGCAACAGUAUCAACAGCAGUCACCACAACAGCAAAGAGGCAAUCAGAUUCAGAGUUCGAGCGAAGAUAAUAAGACGAUCUGGGUCGGUGAUCUACAACACUGGAUGGACGAAACCUACCUUCAGUCUUGCUUCGCUCAGACCGGCGAGGUAUCAUCUAUAAAGCUCAUACGUAACAAGCAGACUGGUCAGUCAGAGCGUUAUGGGUUCAUUGAGUUUGUUUCUCAUGAAGCUGCUGAAAAAGUCCUCCAAAGCUACAAUGGGACCAUGAUGCCAAAUACAGAUCAAGCUUUCCGCUUGAACUGGGCAAGCUUUAGUACAGGCGAAAAACGUGCAGACACUGGUUCAGAUUUAUCCAUAUUUAUAGGAGAUUUGGCUCCAGAUGUAACUGAUACAAUCUUGUAUGAAACAUUUGCUGGUCGAUAUCCAUCUGUCAAAGGUGCAAAAGUUGUUGUUGACACAAAUACUGGCUGUUCGAAAGGUUAUGGAUUUGUUAGAUUUGGUGACGAAAAUGAGAGAACAAGGGCUAUGAAUGAAAUGAAUGGCCAAUAUUGUUCAAGCAGGCCGAUGCGCAUUGGUGUUGCGACCCCCAAAAAGCCACCUACUCAACAACAGUAUGGACAGGGACAGCAACAAUAUUCGUCUCAAGCUGUGUUAUUGACCGGCGGAAGUGGUUCAUUUGGUGCUAUGCCUCAAAACUCCCAGUCUGAUGGAGAUUCUUCAAACACAACAAUUUUUGUGGGAGGACUUGAUUCUGAAGUCACUGAUGAAGACUUGAGGCAAACAUUUUCUCAGUGUGGCGAGAUCUUAUCUGUUAAAAUACCUGUAGGAAAAGGAUGCGGUUUUGUUCAAUUUGCAAGCAGAAGCAGUGCUGAGGAUGCAAUCCAGAACAUGCAUGGUACGGUGAUUGGCAAGCAGACUGUUCGGAUAUCAUGGGGUAAAACUCCUGCCAACCGACAGAGGAUGGGUUCGAACGGAAACUACUACGUGAAGCAAGGUUAUGGUGGAGGUGGAGGUUAUGGAUAUGGUGUGCCACAGAAUCAGGAUGCGGGUAUGUAUGCGGCUGGUGAUGCAUCCGCUUAUGGAUCAAAUGGGUACGACAACCAUCAGCAGCCUGUGAGCUGAUGGCACUACCUGCUGCUGCUGCUAUUUGAUUCAUCUGAACAUCAUAUGGUGAGAUGUUAAAGACCUAUUAUGUUCCUUUUUAUGGGAUAAACAUCUAUGAAUGUAACUGGAAUUUUGUGAGGAUUUCAUCCCAAAAAACCAUUUUUUUUCUCCUAUAUUACUACUUGAAACAGUUUAGGACAAUUUGAGCUUUUGGUUUAGUUUAUUAGAGUCCCUGGAGUUGCAUGUUUCAGUUUCGAGUCAAGUAUCGAGAUGGUCCGAGUUCCAACUCAAAGUCCUGAUUCAUUUCUUUUAGGGGUUUGAUUUAUCUAUUCGAGUUGAAGGUUAGAGAUGUUAACUUUUCUU